GGUCAAUUCUGAUAAUUCUCUUUUAUCUCUUUUAAAGAUCUUAAUUUUAAGUCACAAUUCUUUACUUUUCAAUAUCUCAAAAAUGUAUCGUUCAAGGGUGUAUGAUGUUUUCCGAUCAAUACCAGUGAUCCUGUCCGAGAGUCGAGGCAAUGGAUGCUGGGGACGUGGCGCUCUCGUUGAUUGUUGGUGGACUCCUCGUCAAUGAAGCCUGCAACCACAACAACGUCAGUGCCGAGACGGGGAGGAGUUCCCCGACGAUAGCUCUCUGACGCUCAAGUCAAACACCGACGACGUAGAAGAAACGAGGAAACAAAAUGGCAGAGUAAUUGUAGCUACAGUAGAGAUUAUGCAUACCUCUAUCUAAGAUUGAAGGUCUUUAUAUAGAACUCCCGGGGAGCGCGUGCAUGUUUCUCGAGAUACGCACGCUCCUCAAAGCAUAUCCUAAAAAGACGUGCCAGAAAAGUGUCCCUGACACUAUACCUUAAUGACCCGAGCAUAUCUCUGACAAGAUAGCGGAAGUUUUCGCCGUACGAUCUUCUGCUUGACCAUGCCACCAAAUAUGCUGACUGUCGGCGGCACAGGUUCCCAGAAGGAUAUCCUCUAAUCCUUUUUUUUUCUAUUACAGGCCGAGCGGAAGAGCCGCUCGGCCAGCCCUCGGCCGCCUGGACGAUCUUGUCCUCUGGCCGAGCCGAAAGGCCGCCCGACCAAUAUCCUGUCCGGGCUCCGCUGUUAUGCCGAUCAGAGGGGCUAUGUCUGAAUGUAGUCUGCUUGGUUGUCACUGUUUUACCUAUGUGAGUCCGAGCGGAUUGACCGCUAGGCGCAUACCUUGUCUGUUUGAGCUCCGGAAGCUCGGUACAUGACCGAGCGCUAUGCUAACAUCUGCUUCAGGUAGACUCAACGAUUCUCCCUCCCCGUGGAGAAAGAGGGUUGCUCGAUCGAAUGAUAAUACCAAGUGCCAACCAACUUAACUUUGACCUCCACCAUAUCAUUAACCAUCUUACUGCCCGAGCCCCUCCUUAUCACUGAAUCAACCAGAAAAGAAAAACUUUCUAAAAUUGCAUCUGUUUAUUUUCGCUUUACAAAGUUUCCUCCAACCUAAUCAACUUCAACGUUCUCAAAUUAUUACCUUCAGAUCUAUUAUGAAAAUUGAUAAAUUAUCCCUGAAAUAAUUGGUACUUUCGUGCAUGAACAGUGUCAUGGUACGAGUGCAACAGGAAGAGGAUAAUAUAAAAAAUCGAAGUGGAAUUGACCUUGCAACUAAUAAUCUUAUCUUCACAUUAAGCACGAGGAUCGAAUUUGUCAAUCGAGUAAUUAACCAAUGCACGACAUGGUUAUCACUUAAUUAAUCGAAUUGUAGACAAAAAAACUAAUUUGGGUCAUGAAGAGCCAGCAGUUUCCUUAAGCUAUAUAAAGCCAAAGGUCGUCCUUUCCUCCUUGAUACUUCUCCUGAUAGAAUUGAAGAGGAAUGACCACCAUGGCAAUCACAUUGUCUCACAGUAACAUCAUCAUUCCAAGAAACCCAACUGAGAAGAGCAGGAGAGCUUGCUUGUGCCAUAACAGCAAAAUCAUUCCUGCCGCAUCAGUUUCGAUUAACAAGUUGCCAAGAGGCAUAAAGGUUUUUGAGGAUCAAGAAAUGGGAGUGACAUGCUUCAGAUAUGAAAAUGGGGAAAUAGUAUGUGAAGGAUUUGAUGAAGGACCCCGGUUUGUUCGAUCCGAUUCUGUGCAAAAAAGAUUGGGAAGAAGGAAUAAAGAGUUUCAGAUCCCAAGCUUUCUGAAAAUAUAUAACGCUGGAUCAUAACUUCUGAUGGUUAUUGGAAAGACGGUUAGAUAAGUAAAUAAGAGUCGAAAUUAACUUUAGGAAUUCACCUUGCUGUUGUAAAUGCAUGCAGUGAAGUAUUGAAUGUAAAAUUUCGUCUCUGCUGUGGAAGUUACAGGGUUGUAAUCAGUGAACACCAAUUUAAUUA